AUGGAGGUUGAGGACUGGGCAAGUUCUUCAGGAGGAUCGAGUGACUUGGAGGUCUAUUUGCAAGACACAAAUGAUGAAGAACAUUGCUAUGCCACUGGUGAUAUACCUAAGUUGCAAUUUAGGAAAGAUAUUUCCAAGGCUCGUUGGAACAAUGAGUUGACAAUGGCUGAGGUUGUGGAGCUGAAAGGUCGAUUGUGGACUACAACUGGGAUGGUUCGUAGAAGCAAAAUCUAUUGUUCUAUUGAAGAGACUUUAUAUUUGGCCGAAAUAGGGGCAUUGCAUCUGUUGGAUGAUGCUGAUGAUACACCGCUUCCCCUAAAAAAUAUAUAUAAGAUGGUUGCAGAUGGAAAUAAUGGAUGCUGUUGGGAGUCCUUCGAGGUUUAUAGGCAUUUAAAAUCUCUUGGUUACAUCGUUGGGCGGCAUGGUGUUCCUUGGACUAUUAAGAGCGUUAAGAAUCAGUCCACGUUUCUCGAAGGCACUCCAGAGAUCAAGGGAAUAAUAGAGGAGGAGUGUGAAGAUGAGAGAUCCAUCAGUGAAUAUUUUGGUAGUUUGGUGGUUAGUGAAGUGAGACCAAUAUUUGUUGUUUACCCUCCUAACAACAAAUUUAGAAAGUCUUCUCCUGGCAAUCCAAGUUUUUUGCUCUGUCUAAUGAGUGGUCAUCCGCCAUCCAAAUCAGUGAUUGAGGAACUUGAAAGACGGUGGGAUGGCAUUCCUAUAAGGUUUUGUCAUGUUGAGCAUGGACGUGUAAGUUUCUUCUCCUUUAACAGGGUGGAGCUUCCUGUCCUUCCUUGA